AUGACCAGUGACGAUCAGUUCUUCUUUGACUACCUUGCGUCCAUUCCCAAUGACGUAAGACACUACUCGACGCAAGUCGCCGACUCGAUCGACCGCCAGUUCGAUCAUGCUGCAACCGUGAUCAGAGAUACUCUUUCGCACCAGUCAUGGAUCCCGCAAGCAGCUUGGAUGAUUCGGAACCGCGCGUGGACUGCGGCCAUCGUCGCAUUUCUCGGGACUGGAUGUGUUUUAUAUUAUGGCAGUAAAAAGCUGCAUGGGAAGCGCAGAAAGGCUAGAAAGGCCGGGAAUGGAGCGCGGAAGGAGAUCGUUGUAAUUGCGGGAUCACCUCACGAGCCGAUGACUAGAUCCAUGGCGGCGGAUCUGGAGCGCCGGGGAUAUAUCGUCUAUGUGACAGUCUCGUCUGCGGAUGAAGAGCAUAUUGUUCAGUCAGAGAGCCGGGCUGAUAUCAAGCCUUUAUGGUUGGAUUUGACAACUUCCUCUCCCAUGCCAUCCGAAAUCCAUCCUUCGUUACAUGAGCUUCGCGAUCUGAUCACCCAGCCUCAAUAUCCUCACCCUGGCAUGCCACCACACACCUGCCAACUGAGCGGCAUUUUCAUUGUCCCGUCUCUCAACUACGCCGCAGGCCCCGUCGCGACUAUACCCGCCUCGUCAUGGGCUGACACCGUCAACACCCGUCUCCUCUCACCCAUUCUCACAGCACAAAUCUUCCUCCCUCUGUUGACACUUCGCAGCAACAGCAGCACCAUUGCUUUCGUCUACCCGUCCAUCUCUUCAUCCCUCUCCGCACCCUUCGCCGGACCGGAAGUCACUACAACCCGUGCCAUCUCUGGUUUCGCCACAUCAUUGCGUCAGGAGCUCCGCCUUCUGGAAAAUGCCAACGUCGAUGUCGUCGAACUUCGUCUUGGAAACAUCGACCUGGGACCUGCGUACCGAAAUGCUCAAAGCCAAGUUGCCGGUACCGAGGUCCUGGCAUGGAGUGUGCAACAACGAGCGCUGUAUGGCCAGCAGUACCUGUCAAGCGUUGAACAGCGACCUGUCGCAUCGGCGGGACCUGCUGCCAUUCGCGGCUCCCCAGCCCGGCACCUCCAUCAUGCUGUACUCGAUGCACUUGAGCCCAUGUCUCGAAAUUUCUUGGGACAGCGAAAGUCCAAGAAGGCUGUCAUGUACGUCGGCCGAGGCGCGCGGUCCUACAAUGUAAUUGGCGCGUGGGUGCCCAGCGGACUUGUGGGCUUGAUGAUGGGUUACCGUAGUGGAAAUGGCGCGGUCAGCCCCAGCGUCGGCAGUGAAAACAGCUGGGAACGUGUUUAG